UUGGAUGUAAUGAGGCAGCAAAUUCGACUAUGUUUGGCAGUCAUAUGUGCUGUCAAGGCUUUCUUUAUUCAUGUGGUCAAUAGAGACAUGGGAGAAAUUGUCAACAACUUUGAAGGCUUCUCCAGAGAGCUUACCAGCAACAGGCAACUCUGCUGGAUUGGACCAGAGAAGGGCACUGUUCACCUGGCUAUACCUGCUGUUCUGAAAGUGCUCUGGGCCAAACAAGAGGGAAAGGUGAUGCCCAUGGGACCUCAAAGUAAGAAUGUUCAUGACGAUAUUUACAGAUUGAGAUCUAUGCAAGAAAUGAUUGGCCAGAAUAAAAACUGUAUGCUGAAUGCAAAGCAAAAGAGGGAAAUAAAGGAAGCAAUACAUUGGGUCACUGAACCAGCUGGGUUUAAACCCUCAUGUAUUAAGAAGCCAACUUUUCCAAAUGAGGAUAUACAUAUCCAGAUGGGACAUGCAACUGUUUCAAAGCCUUGCCACAACAGAGUGAUAUUUAAAUAUCUUCUACAAGCCAGGGCCUUCAGUUGUCUCCAAAUUGACAGCUGCAGGCUGGGAAGUGUGAAUGAAAGCUUGUCUGUGCUGCUGAUGGCCAAAAAGUUCCAGAGAAAUGCUCUGCAAAAUGCAGCAUUUGGAUUUGGGGGCCUCUGUCAAUUAGUCCAGAACUUGAUCACAUUUAAUCAUAUCCAAGUACCUGAAAGGCUUGAAAACAGGUAUUCCUGUCCUGGAUAA